AUUUUCCCAGAUUUUCCUGCUGUUUCCAGCAGAGAUUUCAUUUUGGGAGGAAUUUGCAGUUUUGAGCUCUAAAACUGCAUUUAGGCGUUUAGAGACUUUCCUGACUCAUCGAAUUUCAGGGAGCCAUGACAACUGUCUACUACUAUGUUCUGCCUAUGCUCUUAGGCAGGACGUAUGACAUCAAGACCGACAGCCCAGGAGUAGACAUCUUUCCUCAAUCGGCCAUAGAGAAUGCAACAGUUAUCAAUCGCCAUUAUACUGACUCUCAAUAUCGAAUGGUAUCGGACACACAAGAAGCUCGGGAUUUCUUAGGAGUGACGGGUGGCCUAUCGCUUAAGAUCAAAACAGGCCAGGUUCAAAUAGAAGGUCUCGGGAACUAUAUGCGAGAGACUUAUUCGAGGUCGAAAGUGGUAGAGAUCCUCGUCAAAGUGCAUUAUGAGACAGAAACUUUGACCAUACCUUCCACGGCUAAACCUCGCCCUGAAUGGAAGACUCUUGAUCUUCGAGAAAUUGGGACUCAUUAUGUGAGGAGUAUAACAUUCGGAGGAGAUCUUGUAGCUUCACUUCGAUUCACCGCUAAGAAUUCAGCAGAUCGAGAAAAGAUUCGAGCCAUUGUGCAAGCCAAUUUGCAAGCUGAUACUGGAUCGUUUGGCUUGGGAAUAGAAGGUAACUUCUCGCGCCUUCAAGAAGACCUGAAGGACAUGUCUACUCUAGAGAUCAACUACUAUGCUACCGUUCCUAUCAAGGGCGUACCUAAUACGAUGGAGUCUCUGAUGGAACUGGUGGAGGACUUUCCUGAGCAGACGCAGAAGGUCAACAAAGGCAAAGGGGUGCCCUUGAGCAUGGAGCUUUUCCCUUUGUCUGCCCUCGACAACGACAUGCCUCGCUUCUUGGAGAGCAAAGCACUGAUCGAUCAGUUGGAUCUCCUGGAAACUCAGUUCGAUGACAUCCGAGCAACGAAGAAGGCCUUGCAAGAAUGGAUGCUGAACGUGCCUCCCGUUUUGCCCGAUGAAAUCGAGGAUGAAAUCGGUUUAUUCAACGAUGAGCUGGAAAGGGUCUCCUUAAAAUUCUACAAAGUUUUGGGAAACAUGAAUUUGGCAGAAAAUGCUGACGUUGAACAGUUCAAAGAGGCUUUUGAAGCUUAUGCUGCUGGUGGCACUAGUUUGCCAGACAAGUAUUACCGUAAGCUUCAAGUGCUCAUACACAAGAUUGUUCAAAGUUCGCAGGCCUUGAGUUUGGAUGUGGGUGGAGCGACGUAUACUCACUGGGGUCAAGAUAGUUGCGGUAGUCAACGGGCGCAGACGAUUCAGAAGGGCAUAAUCGCUUCCACAGAUCAGAUCAAGGGUGGUUCUUCAAGCAUCAUCUGUCUUGCGGAAGAGCCUGAAUGGGAUGAUGACACUGCACCUUAUAAGAGACAUCAUAGAUACUACUCCAAACUGGCUCCCAUUCGACUACAGGGACGAAACGUUUCUUCGGCAAAGCCAAUAUCCUGUGGAAUCUGCUUCACAGAGGAGAGAACCUCGCCAACCGUUUUCUCUGGCAGAAACCAGUGUCCUGAUGAGUGGACCUUGGAGUAUAAAGGAUACCUUGCAACAAAGGAUGCAAUUAUUAGCUUAAAAGGGGAUAUUAUAUGUAUAGAUUCAAAUGCCAAAGCCUCAGAUAGCCAAAUUUUAGUGGCAGACAAGACAGGAGCACCCUGGGAGUCAGAACAUGUCACCGAUGUUAGGAUGGGUUGUGGAGUUGGACCUUGUGAAAAGUUUCAGAUUGAUUCCCUGAUUCCCUGCGUUGUUUGUAGUUAUUAGGAAUAUUAAAUAAAAUUUUUAUUCCUCGUAUGA